GCCUAAUCUUUAAUAUAAGCGAUGUUUCCGCAGGAUGCACGCGCCUCUCAUUGUCGCUGAUACAAGCGCGUGACUGGUCACGUGAUCUGAGGAGGAAGGUAGAUUAUGGCUUCUGUCUACGGCGGUGUGGAGGGAGGUGGGACUGCGUCCAAAGCAGUGCUGGUUUCUGAGGAAGGAGAGAUCAUUGCAGAAACAGAUGGGCCAUGUACCAAUCAUUGGCUAAUAGGUGUGGACAAAUGUUUGGAGGCAAUCAACGGCAUGAUGCAAAAGGCCAAGACGGAGGCGGGACUGGAUGUAGACACACCCCUUCGCUCCCUGGGUAUGUCUCUAAGUGGGGGAGAGCAGCCAGAGGCCAUCGAGAAGCUCAUCAAGGAGAUGGAGAACAGGUUUCCUAAACUGAGCCUCAACUACCACAUCUCCAACGACACAAUUGGCGCCAUGGCAACUGCCAGAGAGCAAGGGGGUGUAGUCAUUAUCUCAGGGACUGGAUCCAACUGCAAGCUGGUGAAUGCUGACGGGUCACAGGUGGGCUGUGGAGGCUGGGGUCACCUGAUGGGUGACGAGGGCUCAGCCUACUGGAUUUCUCACCUUGCUGUGAAGAUAGUAUUUGACGCGAUGGAUAAUUUUGCGACGCCACCUCAUGACAUCACUAACGUCAAAAAUGCCAUGCAAAAGUACUUCCAGGUGACCAACAGAAUGGGCAUGCUUCCUCACUUCUACAGAACCUUUGAAAAGUCCCAUUUCGCUGGGUUUUGCAGAAAACUGGCUGAAGUGGCCACAGCUGGAGAUGCUCUGUGUCAGUAUGUGUUCGCUCAAGCUGGGAAAGCUUUGGCUCAACAUAUAGUGGCUGUCCUACCCAAAGCUGACCAGUGUCUCUUCUCAGGAGAGCUUGGCUUGCCCAUUCUGUGUGUAGGAUCUGUUUGGAAGAGCUGGGACCUGCUAAAACCAGGCUUCAUGGAGGUGCUGGAGAGGGCCGCUGGGGGCCACUUCACUAGGUACAGCCUGCUAACGCUGCACCAGUCUUCGGCUCUAGGGGGCGCCAGCCUGGGUGCCCGCAGCAUUGGGGUCACGUUGCCACUCGAUUACUCUGCCAAUGCAGAUGUGUUCUAUACGCACUCUUUUGGCAGCAAGUGAAUACGUACCCCUGUAAGGUGAUUCUCUGUUUUCCAAAAAUGUGCUUUAUGAAGAGAAACACAAACCAGCAAUCAAGCUUGUACUGUACAACCAUCUUUUACAUGGAUGGGAUGGGGAAUUUUGGAAUAAGCCAAUCUAGUUUAAACUUGAUAUAAAAAUCACUGUAAAUCAGCAUUUAAUAUCAACUGUUAUGAAACCUUUUUUGCUUUUUUGAUACCAAGGGUUUUUAAAAAGUUCUCUCUUGUACUUUUUAGUGAUUAUAUCCACUUAUUCUGAAAAAUGCUGAAAGUAUAAUGAAAGGGAUUUUUUAUAUUGCUUUAUUAAUAAAGUCAAAGAACAAAAGUUAUUGUAAUAUAAAAAGUCAGUUGUCCUGUUUAUUUUACAAAGGGGGGGAUGUUCAAUAGCAAUGACUGGUAUUAAAUAAUGACUUAACAAAAUCCCACAGAGCAGAGGAUGCAUAGCACUGCGGCAUCACACCUGCAAGGUUGUUCUCACUGCUGUUUGAUUAUAGGGUUGUAGUUGAUCUAGCUUAGAUAUGCCACAGGCUUUCUGCUCGAACCCCGGGUAUGGAGUCAAUUCAGGCUUGUAUAAUAUGAUUGACUGUCAAUAUUCAGAAAGCCAGUAAAUCUGCUCAGCGAUUUAUUGUAUUUUUUUUCGACUUUCUGCAAAUUUUCUGAAAUAAAACCAAAAAAUGACUUCUCA